UCCAUCUAAUAUCGUCAAUUCAAAUUUUAGGUUCUCACAAUCCAUCGGGAUAUCGUAAUGAAUUUUUAGAUGAUUUGGAUUAUAUAUACGAUCGAGCAAUCGAGGAUGAUUUCGAGGAUGAUUUCGUUACCAGUCAACGACGUUACAAGGAACGAGCUUCUGCUGCAUUUGCCGAAGAUAUGGCUGAAUUGAGGCGCAAACGGAGGGACAUGCAGGAUCGUAUAUUCGACGUGAUCGAUUUGAACGCAGAAAUCGAGAAAGCGAGGAAUACGCUUGAACAAGCGGAUAUUAUUUUCCAGCGACACGCGACGAAAUUUGACAACACGGAGAAUUACGAUGACAUGAGAUUAAAAAAAUUCCCCAAUUUAGAUGCUUUGCCGGAGAAAGCAGCACCGAAAACCAUAAAAUUUGUGAAAAUGCCUAAUGUAAAUAUUGAACCGUGUGUGCCUCAUCCUAUAAAACCAAGGCAAGAGAAAAUUAAUUUGUCAAUAGAACCGAAUGAAAUUGCGGAUCCUUUAAAUACCAUUACAUUGUUGCCGUUGAAAAGAAAAUUCUCGAAUAAGAAGAAAAGCGUUUCAUUCUAAAAAAAUUAUUCAGUAAAUAUUUUAAGAUAUUAUUGUAUGAUAAAAAAAGAAUAUAAAAAUGUACCCACAUCAUUU